AUGAGAGCUCUCAGCGCCGCUCUGUUGGCGGGAGUCGCCACCGCUGCGAUUGCCCCCCAACAGCAGCCUUUGCAGCUUCCGAAGUCCUUCCCUGCUGAAGCCAAAAACAUCCUCGAUAGCCAAUUUCAUCAUCUGAAAGAUGCCCUUCGAGGUCUCACAGAGGAAGCCGCCGCAACUUGGGAUGAGGUCGCCGCACUGUAUCCCGAAGAUAUGAGCGCCGCUAGCUUUUUCUCUCUGCCGAAGAAGCACACUCGUCGCCCAGACCGUGAAUGGGAUCACAUUGUCCGUGGCAAAGGCGUCCAAGGUCUUUGGCUGGAAAACGCCAACGGCGAGCAAGAGCGCUACCUCGACGGGAAGCUGGACACAUACGAUCUCCGCGUCAAGAAGGUUGAUCCCAGCGAGUUAGGUGUGGACCCUGAUGUCAAGCAAUACUCGGGUUAUCUGGAUGACAACGAGAACGACAAACACUUGUUUUACUGGUUCUUCGAGUCAAGGAAUGAUCCGAAGAAUGACCCGGUCGUCUUGUGGCUCAAUGGAGGUCCUGGCUGCUCUUCGCUGACUGGCCUCUUCCUCGAGCUGGGUCCUUCGCGUAUCAACGAGAAGCUUCAGCUCGUCCCCAACCCGUACUCUUGGAAUGACAAUGCCAGCGUCAUAUUCUUGGAUCAGCCAGUCAAUGUCGGAUAUUCGUAUUCCAGCUCCAGCGUCUCCAACACGGUGGCUGCUGGUAAGGACGUUUAUGCCCUGCUUACCCUCUUCUUUGAGCAGUUCCCGGAGUAUGCGAAGCAAGAUUUCCACAUUGCCGGAGAGUCCUAUGCUGGACACUACAUCCCAGUUUUCACAUCGGAGAUCCUAUCCCACAAAAAGAGCAAUAUCAACCUCAAGUCAGUCUUGAUUGGCAACGGUCUUACCGAUGGAUACACCCAAUACGAGUAUUACCGACCCAUGGCUUGCGGUGAUGGUGGCUGGCCAGCCGUCCUUGACCCACAAUCCUGCCAGGCCAUGGACAAUGCGCUUCCCCGCUGCCAGUCCCUGAUCGAAAACUGCUACAACAGCGAGAGUGUGUGGUCGUGUGUUCCAGCCAGCAUCUAUUGCAACAACGCCUUGCUUGCACCGUAUCAGCGUACCGGCCAAAACGUGUACGAUGUGCGCGGCAAGUGCAAGGACAGCAGCAACCUGUGCUAUCCCGAGCUGGGCUGGAUCAGCAAAUGGCUCAACCAGAAGUCGGUGAUGAACGCUCUUGGCGUGGAGGUGGACGGCUACGAUUCCUGCAACUUCGAUAUCAACCGCAACUUCCUGUUCCAGGGUGACUGGAUGCAGCCUUUCCAUCGAUUGGUUCCAGGCAUCAUCGAAAAGAUUCCGGUGCUUAUCUACGCUGGUGAUGCAGACUUCAUUUGCAACUGGCUCGGCAACAAGGCAUGGGCAGAGGCGCUUGAGUAUCCCGAUCACCAGAAAUUUGCCGCGGUCGAAAUGGAGGACCUUCGCUUGGACGGCAACGGGCGGAAGAUCGGUGAAGUCAAGUCUCAUGGAAACUUCACAUUCAUGAGAAUCCAUGCAGGUGGUCACAUGGUGCCUCUCGACCAACCCGAAGCCAGCCUGGAGUUCUUCAACCGCUGGCUCGCCAAGGAGUGGUUCUAG